UUCAACUCUCUCCUCUAAUUUUAAAUAAGAAUACAAAGAUGGAGUUCUCAAAAAUCCUUUUGUUAGUGAUUUCUCUUGUGGCUGCAACUUGUUUCUUGCAAGCCAAGGCAGCUGGUGUUUACUGUAGCAACCCUUACUCUAGGUGCUACUACAAGUACAUUCAAUGUCCAGAAGAAUGUCCAAGCACAACCGCUAUGAACUCAAAGAACAAAGUUUGCUACGCCGAUUGCGAUAGUCCCACUUGCAAAUCCCAUUGCCGCAUGAGGAAACCGAACUGCAACAAACCUGGAUCGGCUUGUUAUGACCCUAGGUUCAUUGGAGGAGACGGCAUUGUGUUCUACUUCCAUGGAAAAAGCAAUGAAGAGUUCAGCCUCGUCUCUGAUUCUGACAUUCAGAUCAAUGGUAGGUUCAUUGGCCACAGACCCGCUGGUCGCGCCAGAGACUUUACAUGGAUUCAAGCUCUCGGAUUCCUCUUCAACUCCCACAAAUUCUCUCUCGAUGCCGCUAAAUCCGCCACAUGGGACAGUGAAGUAGACCAUCUCAAGUUCUCUUUCGACGGCCAAGAUCUAUCUGUCCCCGAAGAAACUCUUGCCACCUGGUACUCACCAGACAAAGACAUCAAGAUCGAGAGAGUGACUUUGAGAAACAGCGUGAUCGUGACAAUCAAAGACAAAGCCGAGAUCAUGGUCAAUGUUGUUCCAGUGACAAAAGAAGACGACAGGAUCCACAGCUACAAAGUACCAUCAGACGACUGUUUUGCACAUCUUGAGGUUCAGUUCAAAUUCUUCAACCUUUCACCAAAGGUCGAUGGAAUCUUGGGACGAACAUACAAACCUGAUUUCCAGAAUCCUGCUAAGCCUGGAGUCGCAAUGCCAGUUGUUGGUGGCGAAGACAGCUUCAAGACCUCUUCCCUCCUCUCCAAUGACUGCAAAACUUGUAUUUUCUCUGAAUCACAAGCAGAGAUUGCUUCCGUUAAGUCAGAGAUUGAAUAUGCUACUUUGGAUUGUACACGUGGAGCGUCUUCUGGUAACGGAAUCAUCUGCAGGAAGUAAAGAGAUUAUAUAAAAAGCUUGGUUUGAAAGAAGAAUAAUGCCAGAGAGCAGUAGCUUCUGCUGGAGGUUUUAUUUUAAAGUAUAAGUAAAUGAAAAAUAAAACCGAUGAUGUAUUUUGUAUUGUACCAUCACAUGUAUUCCAAUUUGUAUUAACAUAAUCAUUGUUAAUGAUAUGUAAUAUUUAUAAACAUUGC